AGGUUCUGAAUGGGCGAAAGUAAUUCAUUCUCCAAAACAAAAGAAAUUUGAAUUCAUUCUCCAAUUUGAAUUCCAUAGACACCCACGAAAGAGGUAGUGAUGAUAGCAGAAUGGAACUAGUACAAGACGACCAAGAACAAAAGGAGGGAGAUGAGGAUGACAAUGGUGAAUACGAGGAUGAAACUGACGACGAAGAAGAAGACGGCGAUGGUGCGUGUGCAUUUAGAUUCGAGGGGGAGAUGGAUCCUCUGGCUUUCCUUGAAGACGAUACUUUUGGAGUCCAGCCUUAUCAGCAAUUUGAGCGCCUUGAGCACAAGCAUGGAGCUUUGGCUGAGAGAAAGCGUAAAUCUCUUUCCCACCACCACCUCCUCCCCCCUCGUGAAAGCCCAGUUAAUAAGUCAAGGCAAGAGGGUUUCAAUGGAGCGAGCAUGGAAGAAAUAAUGGAAGUCAUGAACUAUGGUCGACAGAAGAAAUCAAGGAAGUCUAGGAAGAGAGGGAGGCGGAAGGGAUCAAAGAAUAAACUAAAUCCAGAAGUAACACGAAAGCUUGGUGAUGCUACACUUCACUAUGCACAUGGCCAAUAUGAAGAGGCUAUAUUUGUGUUAAAAGAAGUUAUUCGGGUUGCACCAAACUUGCCUGAUCCGUAUCAUACCCGUGGCCUUAUCUACCGCAAUAUUGGGGACAAGAAGAAAGCUAUGAAUUUCUACAUGCUUGCUGCACAUUUGACACCAAAGGAUUCAUCACUUUGGAAACUCCUCGUGACUUGGUCCGUAGAGCAAGGAAAUGCUGUUCAGGCAAGGUACUGCCUCUGGAAAGCUAUAACAGCAGAUCCUGCAGAUAUGAGUCUUAGGUUUAGUCGUGCUUCUCUGUAUGUUGAGCUUGGGGAGUAUCAGAAAGCUGCAGAAUCAUAUGAGCAGAUUUCACGACUCUGUCCUGAGAAUGUUGAAGCACUCAAGACAGCCACAAUGUGUUACCAAAAAUGCGGUCAGAAGGAGCGUUCUGUUAGCAUUCUGGAGGACUAUCUUAAAAGUCAUCCAAGUGACGCCGAUUUAGGUGUAGUUGAUCUGCUAGCUUCAACAUGCAUGAAUAAUGGGGCACAUACCAAAGCUCUUCAGCAUAUUGAGCGUGCACAUCAUGUUUAUUGUGCUGGGAAAGAAUUGCCUCUUUACUUGAGUAUCAGAGCAAGCAUAUGCCUUGUUCAUCUCGGAGAUGAUAAAAAGGCAGAGAGUAUCUUCAGUGUUUUACAACGGGAGAAUGUGUAUGAACAUCCUCAUCUAGUUCGUGAAGUUGCAGACUCAUUAAUGGCACUUGGGCACUACAAAUAUGCGCUGAAGUACUAUAUGAUGUUAGAAGGAAUUGGUGAAGAUAAGGAUGGUAGUUUACAUGUAAGCAUCGCUCAAUGCUACUUAUCUGUGGGUGAUAGAGGAAGAGCAAUUGAAUACUUAUACUCAGCUUUAUGUGUAAUGGAGGAUAGUGUUGAUGCUCGGUUAACUCUGGCCUUACUUCUUCUUGACGAUGAUAAACAAGAUGAAGCCAUUUCAGUUCUUUCUCCCAGCAAAAGUACAGAUUCACAAUUAGGACUAAAUUCUGAUAAAACCAAGCCGUGGUGGCUUAAUUGGCAGAUAAAACUGAAGCUUAGUCGCAUUUACAAGACCAAAGGAAUGACAGAGGCCUUUGUUGAUGCUAUCUUUCCCUCUGUUCGAGAAUCAUUGUUUCUUGAAACUAUUCAACAAAAGGUUAGAAGGAGAAAAAGGCCCCCCAAAAGUGAUCUUUUCGAAAGAGACAAGGUAUUGGAUGCUUGUCACGCCGGUAAUUUAUUUCAACAAUUCAGAGCUGUAGGUUCAGCAUCAGAUUUAUCAAAAGCUUCCCGAGCCAAGAGAUUGCUUCAAAAGAAGGCUGGGCUUGAUUGGAAAAGUGAAAAUUCCGAUGAAGAUUCUCUGCAAGCAAUGAGAGAUCCACCCUUGCCUAAUCUUCUGAAAGAUGAGGAGCAUCACCAUCUGAUUAUCGAUUUAUGCAAGUUGUUGGCGUCCUUGAAAAGAUAUUGGGAAGCAAUAGAGGUUAUCAAUCUUACACUGAAACUUGCUUCGAAGACACUGUCUGUUGAGAAGACGGAGGAGCUUCAAUCUCUUGGAGCUCAAAUAGCUUACAAUAUUACUGAUCCUUCACAUGGAUGGGAUUAUGCACGGCACAUAGUUAAUCAAAAUCCCUACAGCUUUGCUGCCUGGAAUUGCUACUACAAAGUAGUUUCAAGAUUGGGGAAUCGGUAUUCAAAACAUAACAAGCUCCUGCAUGGCAUGCGAGUCAAACACAAAGAUAGCAUUCCUCCCAUUAUCAUAUCUGGACAUCAGCUUAACAUGAUCAGCCAGCAUCAAGCUGCUGCAAGAGAAUACCUAGAAGCAUAUAAACUGAUGCCAGACAGUCCCCUGGUCAAUCUGUGUGUUGGAACUGCCUUGAUCAACCUAGCACUUGGGCUCAGACUUCAGAACAAACAUCGGUGCCUGCUGCAAGGUUUAGCUUUCCUCUACAACAAUUUGCGACUUUGUGAAAGCAGCCAGGAAGCACUAUAUAACAUAGCUCGGGCACAUCAUCAUCUCGGCCUUGUUACACUCGCUGCUGCUUAUUAUGAAAAGGUGCUUGCAAUCCAUGAGAAGGAUUAUCCAAUCCCAAAGCUUCCCAACGAGAACCCUGAUGGUAUGGAUAAUCAGAAGAAGAAUUAUUGUGACCUCGGAAGAGAAGCAGCUUACAAUCUCCGCUUGAUCUAAAAAACGACUGGAGCACUUGAUCUUGCUAGGCAGGUAUUGAAAGACCAUUGCACGUUUUAAGUUCAAUAUUCGGGUCGCAGGAAUGAUGGUAUUUUUCUAUUUGCAAAUUGAAUUAUAAAAGGUGCAUCCUUUUGUUGAUGCGAGUUUGGAGUUUGCUUUAGUUGGUGAUGAUAAAAGGUUAUAUAUUUGAAAUUUUGUACCA